AUGAGCUCCAUUGUCCAGAGCUUUCAAAAGAGAAACCAUGCUGCUGCACUCCCCGUCUCACAAGCUCACCAUGACUCGAAAGAUCAAGCUAUAGCUGGUCUACGUAGAAGACUCUCCUCUAUUUCCCUCAAAAUUCAGCCCAUCUCUUCUCCUGCUAGUCAGUGGGCAUUUCAAAGAUCCAAAUCCGUGUCGGCCAUGGGAGAAUAUGCUGGCAGUUCCAUCAGGAAAUGGUGGGACUGGGGCUGGUCUUGGAUCCUUUCAAGAAAGCCCGUUUUUGCCCAAGAUCUGGAAAUGAACGAAGAAGAGACCAGGUUUCUCGGUUGUCAUAACAAAGGGAGCUGGAGACAUGUGUUCUUUAAGGUCAGGUCCGAGGUAAGAAAGCUUGUGAGAUCUGAAGAUAAAGUCGGCCUUCCUCAAACUUGCAAGUAUGAUUCUUUCAAUUACUCCAAGAAUUUCGAUCCUGGCCAUUGA